AUGCCACUGCCAAUCCUGCUCUGCGACCAGUGUGAUGAACCUCUCACUGAUAAAAAUGCGCUCAAUGCAAUCCGUAAUUCUAUCCAGCGCAGCUUUGAAUUUUGGUUCGGAUUAAGCAUUGAAGAACUUUUGCCUACAGAUACCCGCUGUUUAAACUGUAAUUCAAGCGAUUUUCGCAAAGAGGCGACCCUCAUUGAUAGUUAUUUUGCCAAUCUGCUUCAAAUUAUUGACAACUCUGACUUCAAGAAACCACUUGGUGACCACACCAGUGUUAUGUUUGUACCACAAACCAGUGUCGGCGAUUCUCAAUGGACAAAAUGGUUAGCUGAAAUUAGCGUCAUUUCCGCUGCCCUUAGUAGGAGUCGUCCAAUUAAAGAAAGUCAACCCUUUAAGCAACUAAAACUUAAGACACUACCGGAAAUUGAUGGUAAAAUUCAGAUUGAAGAUGCAUUUCUUAACAAAUAUCCAGCUGACGUGGUCCGCCUCGUCGCAAUAUCGCCAAGUGUUGAAGCAAAACAGAUAAACUACAAACAACUUGAGAAACUCGCGGAAGGGUAUCUCGGACAAUAUCAGCAGAUGCAGGCACUAUUCGAUGAUAUAAGUGAGCACCUCUACCCGUUUCUAAUUGAUUCCCAAAAAGCAAGCGAAACAGAACAGAAGGAUACAGCUGCGGAAGUCUAUAAAGAUGAGCAGCAUUUCACCGCCGCCAACGGACACGAUGUUGAGACAGAUGUUGAGACAGGUGUCGCCUGCGCACCUACGCAUACGAAUCUUGAAGUACCAAGAGAUACCACUACUGCUGGUAAAACGCUUCCUAUGGAUUCGCUGGCAAUAACCGUUACCGCGCAACUGCUGCAGGAGGUGCAACAUGCUUACCAAGCCGAGAAUUUCCAUGAAAUGUGGGCACUGUUAACUAAUUUCUGUCAGGACGAUCUUCGCUUUUAUAGCCGCACAAUGGAAUCCCGUCCUACGACAACCCUACGUGCAGCACAAAGUAUGCUUUCAGAAAUAACGACUGUACUUCUACAACGAUUCGCACCCUUGACUCCUUUUUUAGCGGAACAUUUCUAUCGGCUCAUUUCUGUAGAGGGCAUAACCAGUGACCAUAGUAUUUUUCAAGGAAACUGGCACUCGCGCUCGCCUCUGAUUGGACAAAGUUUGCAGCCUUCCGAUGUGAAAAAAGACGAGGCAAAAGCAGAAUGGGAGGAGGUCAAGAGGGCAUACGAUGCAAAAUCCUAA